CCGGCAUCAAGGCAAUCGCUUUGCCCCAAUCGUAAACGCUGAUUAGUUACUUGAGCGGAAUACGUCAUGUGAGUAAGUCUCGCGUCGCCAUUGGUCGAGAGCUAACGCUGUGUCCGUCCAGAUUGGUUGAGGCAUGAGGUCAUCGCGAGUGAAUGCGGAAGUGGUGUGGGCUGUACUGAGUCACCGUUGGGUCAGCUGAUUCUUUCUGAGAGCCCACAUAGAACCACAGGAGGAGAAAGCUGGAGCACUGGAUGAUCCAGAGUCGAGACCCGCUUAACACCUCCACAGACAACAUGGGUGAGGAGGGGCCUCCCAGUCUGGAGUACAUCCAGGCCAAGGACCUGUUCCCUCAGAAAGAGCUGGUCAAAGAAGACGACAGUCUACAGGUGCCUUUCCUGACUCUUCAAGGAGAAGGGGUGGAGUUUCUGGGCCAUGCUGAUGACGCCAUCAUCGCCAUCUCUAACUACCGACUGCACAUUAAGUUCAAAGACUCCAUUAUCAAUAUGUGCCCAGGUGUGGACACUGAGAUCUCUGUGCCUCUCAGGCUGAUUGAAGGUGUGGAGAGCAGGGAUAUGUUCCAGCUGCACAUCAUCUGUAAGGACUCCAAAGUAGUGAGGUGUCACUUCUCCACGUUUAAGCAGUGUCAGGAGUGGCUGAAGAGACUAAAUCGAGCUAUAUCUCACCCCUCCCGUCUGGAGGACCUUUUUGCUCUGGCCUAUCACGCUUGGAGCCUUGGGGGCUGUGCUGACGAUGAAGAUCAGCACCUACAUCUCUGCAGGCCUGGCGAUCAUGUUCGUCACAGGAUGGAGACGGAGGUGAGGAGAAUGGGCUUCGACAUGCAGAACGCCUGGAGAGUGUCUGACAUCAACAGCAACUACAAACUGUGCUCCAGUUACCCUCAGAAGAUACUAGUGCCAGUGUGGAUCACCGAUAAGGAACUGGAAAGUGUGGCCUCUUUCAGGUCCUGGAAGAGAAUUCCAGUAGUGGUGUACAGGCACCAGAAGAAUGGCGCUGUGAUAGCACGCUGUAGUCAACCUGAGAUCAGCUGGUGGGGAUGGAGGAACACCGAGGACGAAUACUUGGUUACGUCCAUCGCCAAGGCCUGCGCUUUGGAUCCUGGAGCCCGAGCAUCCUGCAGGACACGAGGGGAAGGAGCCGAUUCUUCUGACUGCGACUUCGACUCAUCCCUGGCUGUGGGUUCAGGUCCUGAUGCCAGCACUGCACCACAGAAGCUGCUUAUCCUGGAUGCGCGAUCCUACACUGCCGCAGUGGCCAAUCGCGCCAAGGGGGGUGGCUGUGAGUGUGAAGAGUACUACCCAAACUGUGAGGUGAUGUUCAUGGGCAUGGCUAAUAUCCACUCCAUCAGGAACAGUUUCCAGUCUCUAAGAGCUGUGUGCAGUCAAAUCCCUGAUCCGGGCAACUGGCUGUCUGCACUAGAGAGCACACGCUGGCUGCAGCACCUGUCGGUCAUGCUGAAGGCAGCCACUCUGGUGAGCUCCGCCGUGGAGAGGGACGGACGUCCGGUGCUCGUGCACUGCUCUGAUGGCUGGGACCGCACACCACAGAUUGUGGCGCUUGCCAAGGUCCUGCUUGACCCCUACUACAGAACUAUUGAGGGUUUCCAGGUGCUGGUGGAAACAGAGUGGCUGGAUUUCGGGCACAAGUUUGCGGACCGCUGUGGCCACGGUGAGAACGCUGAGGACGUGAACGAGCAGUGCCCGGUUUUCCUACAGUGGCUCGACUGCGUCCAUCAGCUCUUAAAACAGUUUCCCUGCCUAUUUGAGUUCACUGAGGCCUUUCUGGUGAAGCUGGUGCAGCACACGUACUCGUGUCUAUACGGAACAUUCCUGUGUAAUAAUGCCCGAGAGCGAGAAUCUCGAAACAUCUACAAGCGGACAUGCUCUGUCUGGUCGCUGCUCCGUGCCGGCAACAAGAACUUUCAAAACUUUCUCUACAUCCCCUGCCAUGAUGUGAUCUUGCAGCCUGUGUGUCACACGCGAGCGUUGCAGUUGUGGACUGCGGUGUAUCUGCCCACCUCGUCCCCGUGCACCGCAGCCGAGGACACUAUGGAAAUCUACCUGAGCCCCUCAUCUCAGGGAGAGGAGCUCACCUCGCGCUCUCUCGACAGGCUACCUAAGACGCGUUCAAUGGACAACUUGGUGAGCGCUUUUGAAAACGGCUUAGCCCUCACACGCACCUCCAGCGAUCCUAACCUCAACAAGCACUGCCAAGAGGGAAGGCCGCCUCUGGAGCCUAUGAUGGGCCAGGGUGGCAGUUUUACAGACAACUUAGAGUUUACCUCUGACAUCAAAUUGUCUUGUGAUGACCAGGAGGUGGAUACGUGUGAGGAGACGCUACCCUCACCCUCACCCUCCUCUGAGUCUUAUCAGGACAGCUGUGUGAAUAACAGCCCAGAACCAUGUCUCACCACACAGCCUCUGCCAUCCUUGCCUCAUCCCUUAACAUUAGACCCCGUUUCUCCGGUGUCACAAGCCCCACCCAUUUUACACCAAACUUUGCUUCAAAACACCAGCCCUACACUUCCACCAUCACCACAGCAAGAGCAGGCUAGGACUGUUAGUACCACUUUCCCAUUCACUACUACUGAGGAUCCCCCUAAUGCACCGAUCUCAAACGGCAUAGAGAAGGAAGAGAGCACCGCCGUGACGCUCGACUUCCCUUCACCUACUGCUGGGGAGCUUUUAGAGAUCAAAAAACUCACUACGCUUGUCCACUUGGAGGAUUCCACUGAAACCAUAAAGGACGAGUAUGGCAUCGAAGCCGAACUGCAUUCUGUUCAAAAAGUCUCCGGUCUGUCUACAAAUGAUGAAAAGUGGACUCAGAGUGUUAAGAAACUUCUCCGUGCCCAGUCUAGUAGUACCAACGGAGGGUACAGAGAAGGGCCACGAAAUCUGAGUAGUCCGGUCCAGCUUGGUUGGAUGUCAGCGGUGAAAAACGCUGCACUGUGCACUUCAUCCUUCUCGUCAGCCCUGGGACCAUCGUUCCGGCAAAUUCCACCUUCAUCUCACUGUGUGGACGAUGACGGCCUGCCAGUGCCACUGGAUGCCGUGCAGCAACGCCUACGCCAGAUCGAGGCUAGCUACAAGCAGGAAGUGGAGGUGCUGCGACGGCAGGUCAAGCAGCUGCAGAUGAAACUGGAGAGCAGGCAAAACAGCUCGCCACCAUCCGAGCCAGACAUCUAUUACGAGGAUGACAUUACAUGCCUCAGAGAGUCAGAUGAUGGUGACGAAGAGGACUCUCUCUCGGCCCACAGCGAAGACCGCCUCAGUGAGGGCAGCUGGGAUCGAGUGGAGAGAAAGGAUACUGAGGUUACCAGAUGGGUUCCAGACCAUAUGGCCACACAUUGCUUCAACUGUGACAGCGAGUUCUGGAUUGCUAAGAGACGACAUCACUGCAGGAACUGUGGAAACGUGUUCUGUAAAGACUGCUGCCACUUGAAGUUGCCCAUCCCCGAUCAGCAGCUAUACGAUCCAGUGCUGGUGUGCAACUCGUGCUAUGACCUGCUGCUGGAGAGUCGAACGCGGGAACUUCGCUCGCAACAGCUCAAAAAGCCCAUCGCCACAGCCUCGAGCUGAGUGUGUUAAUCGAAUUCCCACCCUGUGGGCUUUCCAGGCCCCCUUAUGUAGGUGCCAUGAGAGUCACCUGCUGUUUUUGGCAGAGACGCAACGCCCACACCAGUUAGUGAGGAUUCAUGGGUUGUUGUGCGCUAAAGCACUGCAAGGAAGUGGGCAAGCAAAAACUGUCAGAGAACGGAUUGACGACUUAAAGUCUGAAAAAGAGAAAGAGGUGAAGAUUUUUUUUUAAUCACACAGAGGAGCUGAACUGAGCUGAACUACUCUCCUUUCUCGUUGAUGGAGAAAUCGUUCUGGUGAAACAUCCACCAGAGGGCACUGUGACUAAAGUGGCCCUAAUGUGAAAAGCUUUUUCAUCUCAAAAAUAAGUCACAUUAUAUCCAUAACUCUGUAGAAGUCUGUGUCAUGGUACGGACACAGAUUUAGCCCUCUUGAGCUUGUAUUAAAACCAAACACCAAUACAAAAAAUCUUUAGAGGACAAUCUCUCAUCUGCCCUUGAAGCCAGUGACUCCAUGGUCUCGUGCUCCACCCAGAGGCUUGCCGAAUAAAAGAUGAUGCUGCUGCUACAGUAUUUAAAAGAAAACUAAUUUUGUAUCAUUAUUUUGUGCACUCUAAGCUGUUGUAAAUUUGAGGGAAAUCUGAGACCAAACCGAGGGCGAAAGGGAGAAAAUGUGCGGUUUGUUUACUCUGUGGUCUGAACUUGAAUGUAGCAUUUUUUUUUUAUUUUUUUAUUUUUUUUUUUUAUUUUCUUUCUUUUAUUUUUUUUCUUUUUUUUUCUUUUAUUUUUUUGGCCUUUUUGUAUGUCUGAAAGGAGCCAUGGAAGAGAUCAAUGUUGCCAUUGAAACUGAACUAAGGCCAGUUAUAAUGUGGAAAAUAAUCUUUGCAUUGGUAGGAGGUUGUGUAAAUGAGCUGCUGUACAAAGGAUGGAGACAAACGAACAUGAUCCACGUGAUGGGAGGUGCUUGUUUCUUCUGCCCAUAUUGGAGAGAGAGAGAGAGAGAGAGAGAGAGAGAGAGAGAGAGGGUGCAUGUCAGAGUGGAUGCUAAAGGAUACUGUAGCAAUGUUGUACUGUUCUUCCUUGUUGCAAUACUGUUCUUAACAUGCUCUUGUCCAUUGAGUCAAAUCCUAAUUGCCACCGUUAAUGUUUUACAGUUUAACAUACAAGAAGAAGGAUAAAAUAGUUUGAAGGAGCAGUUUAUAAUCUUUAAGCCCUCUACUGCCUGUUAUGUGAAUUACAGUUCUGUUGAACCUAACUGCUUUAUGCUUUUUUUUUUCUUCUUUUUUUUUUGUUUUUUAAGAAAAGGGUAAAAUGUCAACUUUAAAGAAGUAAAACUGACUGAUCGGUCACACUGCAAUAUUGUGAAUCAGUGGUUUGCAAUUAUAUAUAAAAAUUAUAUAAUUUGCACUAAAAAUCCAAAAUGCCACCUUUUUAAUAACUGUUAAAAAUGUCAUGUUAGCUGAUUAGUAUACUAGUUUACUAAAAUAAAUAAAAAUGGGCUGUACAAAUAUGACAGUAAUUUAAACUAAACUUUUCUUGGCAUGUUAAAAACAGUGUUGAAAAACACAGGGAGCAAAUGAUGGGAUAUUCAGUAAGUUCAGGGUUCAGAUCAUUCGAAUUAUUCAGACCUGAGUAAAGUUCUCUGAAUUGGAAUAUUAGCAUUACAUAAACCCUCAAAAACAAAAAAAAAAACAAAGAAUUUUUGUCUCACAAGUGGUUAGUAGGUGGACAUUGUUUUACUGUGUUCCUUGAAAUACUAGUGCCAUUUAUUUUCAUUUAGAUUUUUUUCUUCUCUCUUGGAAUGCACCAUGUCACUUAUCAGUAAUGACUAAACGUAUAAUGGUACGAUUACUUAGCAAGUCAAUAUUUUCUGAGGUUCUCUUGAUGCCUAAUGAUAGUUUUUUUUCUUUCAAAUGGCAAAAUGAUGAAGGAACACUUGAUUUAGAAAAAGUCAACCAAACCCACUGUAAUAUUAUCUGUACUAGUGGCUGGAAUUUGUCACUUAGUAAAUGUUGUAAAGAAUUGCACUGUUCAAGUCCAAUCCCAUGGCGCAAAUAAAAAUAAAAUAUAAAAAAAAAGUCUGUG